AUGCUGGCAAGAUCAUGGCGCAUAACGGCACCUGCGCCAACACACGCCUCGGUACUGUACCGCCGUGUACACGACGAUAACGGCGCCGGGCCGUCACGCCCUCGACCUGCUUCCAAGCGACGGGCUCGUGAUUCCAGCCGCGAGCUGCGCCGGUUACUGCCGACUCUUCACGAUGGUGUCUACGGCUCAUAUGGCGGCUUGAUGCGAGAAAUCGAGAAGAACGGCUUCGACGAGGACCGCCUUUCUUCGCUCGACCGGCAUGUCAUUCUUCAUCACAUUAUCCGCCGAAGUAAGCGAGGAGGACCGCUAGCAAUCCAAGCUGCCGCCGAGUUCAUGAAAGGGGACGCGACAAUUAGGGAUCGCACGAUGAGCGUCAUCUGCUACAAGAAGAAUCACACCGUGCGGAAAGUGAAGAAGGUACCGAUACAGGCGAUAUCGAGCACGCAGCAGCCCUCGAUUGAGGAUCAGCAGCCACUCCAGAUCCCUCCAAGACUGGCGGAAGUACUCGUACUUCUGGAGACAAUGCAACGUCGGCAUUUGACCAGACCGAAAACGCUUUACGACCUCGUUAUCCGGCAAGCUGUCGCCGAGGAUAGACCAGACAUUGCAGCCAAGGCGUUCGUCGGCCUUGUCGAGGACUGGAUUAUUGAGGGCCGGAUAGCUGAAGGUGCAGACCCAGAGGACUUCUACCGUGGUGGCGGCCCUCCCCGUCACAAGCCAAAGAGCACGCCACUUCACCAGCUCUGGUUCUCUGGCGUUCGAACCUGGCGGUGGCCCGGUGAGGCACUCAGCCCGCACGACCGUUUGGAUCUCUGGCACCCGCAACAUCAUGCACUGGACGAGCGUCUGCGAGGCUUCCCGAUGCCUGUUCCGACAAGCCCGCCGAGUUUAGUUCCCCACCCGACCUCAGACCUCCUGGAGCUCAUUCUUGAGUCCUUGGACAUGGAUCCGACAACUGUGCAUCCGAGACAGUACGCCGCGACAAUGCGUGCUUUGGCUAUCUUGGCCAACACGAUCCUCUCCCGCACCCUUCCGAUCAACAACAUCCCGCCACUCCUUGCCAUGUUCUCCAAGGCCAACAUGUAUCCCCUGGUAUACCCGGAGAGUUUCACGGAGGAGCCGCGGUCGAAUGCUUGGGCAUACACAGCCAACACGCAGGCUCAUGUCGCCCUCGUUUCGCUCAUGCUCUCCCCGCCCAACUACUCUCAGGCGGCGGAGAUGACCGAAAAGCUGUCGAGGCGCGCGCAGGAGAAGAAGAAGGAAGAGGGGCCGGCACAGUACAUGCUUGGGCCGCUGUCAUGGCGUUCGUGCCUCGUGCUUAUCAAGUACGCGGCAGCGCAGCUGAAGCAGCCCUCAAUGGUCACCCGCGUGGUGGCAUACAUGCGGUCAACAUUCCGGGAUUGGUCGCCGACGGCGCUGAACGUCUUCUUCCGCUCUUCAAAUCGCUCGGGACAAUACGGGUAUGCGCAGAACGCCGACGACGCUCUCUUCGGUGGAACGACCAUUGGCCGCCGAGGCUCGAGCAAGGACGAUCUCGCAGCCAUGCCGAACAUGGAUUCGGUCAUUGCUCUCAUCAAGCACCUGCAGUCGACGGAACAGAUUGAUCGUCUCGUCAAGCUCACUUAUGCGCUGCAUCCCUUCCUGCAGUCGGUCCGCGGCGAGAAUGGCGACCUGCGUCCCGAAGUUCACCCGCUGCCUGAGUACGUUGCGCUCGUAGAGGCACUGGGCUCGGUCGGCAAGGUCAACCUCGCGCAGCGAGUAUUCGGCCUGGCCCUGCACGCCGAGAGCAGUCUUGUCGGCCAAUUCCGCCGCGAAAACCCCGGCACCCGCGAGCCGCAGGAAGUCUACCUCCCGCUGCCGAUCUUCACCGCCAUGAUCCGCAUGUUCGGCGCGGAGGCUGGCCGCGGCCGCGGCGAGAACAAGCAGCGACGCGGCUGGUUCGUCCCCGCCGAGGACGUUCAUCUCUCGCGCACGGCGGCGGCCGAGUCAAUGAUCCUUCGCAUCCACAAGCGAGUCAUGACCCGCUACCGCGCCGGCGCCGGGCAGGAGGGUCGCAUCGUACCCGACGAGCGUUACCUGAACGCCGUGAUCCGUGGCAUGCGUUUCCGUUGGCAUCUCGAGGCGGAGGACGCCGCGCGGCCGCUGCCCGCGCAGGCCAAGGCCGAUCUCGAGAAGUUCUUGGGAAACGUUGCCGAGCUCGGUCUCACUACCCCGCCCGGUCUGGUAUCCAAGUUUAAGACUGGCACGAUCGAGGGCCCUACCGUCUUCGAGACGACGGCACCCUUCGGCCCUGCCGCCCCACUCCCCACCAGCCCUGAGCUCGUCAAGAUGGCCCUCGCUGCCGUCGAGGAGGAGCGCCAGGCCAUGCUUGAGGACGAGUUCGAGGAACUCGUCACCGUCCCCGACACUUCGGAGAGGCGCCGCGCCCUCCAGCAUUAG